UUGGCACCAUUCUGGUCUACUUUGGACUAUGCUAACCCUCAUGAUGCAAGACGGUUCGAAGACAAUGACGCCAAUGAUCUUCAGAUUUUUCAUGAUCUAGUGGCUGAGGUGUGUAGACGUGGUCCAUCUGCAGUUCGAGCAGCCAAGGUCGCAUUAAUGAGUCAGCUUUACCCCGAAGAGGAAGGCCUUAGGGAGCCACGAGUGUCUACGAAGGCAAAAGGUCGGCCACCUAAAAGGGAAAACGCUCGUGAUCCUUCUUGGCAUGAGCACGCUGCCGCACGUCAAGGUGCCCCGAAGGAUGCUACCAUCCAUAAAAAGAGAAAAGCAACAACCUCAGAUGUUACAGGUGGCCCGAAAAGGGAUCCCAUGACCAAGAUUGAUGGAGUGAAUGUUUUUUCUUACUUUCGCUUCGUCCCAGAAAGUGUCAGAGAUCGAUGUCUUGGUUGGUGGGACCCUGCUCCUGAUGGACAUUGCGGAUUUCGAGCUCUUUCACAUGCACUUCAUGGAGAUGAGGAUCACCACUUGUGGGUGAGAAAGGCUAUUAUAGAUGAAGUCAUGUCGAUCCAACAAUGUGAGUACGCAUAUGAAGAUGUGGGUCUUGCUCUUACACGAUUACAGUGGAACAAGCCAGAGGGUACUACAAUGGAUCAUUGGAUGACUGAGUCGGAUCUCGCUGUAGUUGCAACAUUAUUUAACUGGGCCAUAAUCCUCUACAGUCAAAUAGACGAAACCAAAGAUGGGGUGAGGAGACGUGUUCCAUUUGGACAAACCUUUUUACCUAUGAUAGCCAAGCCAGGGGUAGCUCGCCCUAGCAAUGUGUUGGUGUUGUGUAACACCGGCAACCAUUGGGUGCGCCUUGACUUUGAGGAGGAUUCAAUACCAAUGCCUCCAUUCACCUUCCUGUGGACCCAUUUCCGUGACAAAAUGAGUACUCAAGGGUGGGAGGAGUUGUUCAAGGACGAGCGAGAUCUUUACUUCGCACUUGGGGGUCAUCAUGACUAGUAGGAGAUAUUUGUAGUAGUAUUGGUAUAUAACGACAAUAGUUGUAAAUAAGGAGUAUUUUGUAACUCAUG